GUCUUAUGCCUCACCUGCCUCCUGAUGUCUGCUCACCCAGCAGACACUGUUCAGGGAUUCUCCACGACUGUGGCACCCUCUGUAGUUCUUGUGCACUGUGUCCAUGAAUAUAACCUGAGUUCAGCAGAUUCAAGUUUCUCUGACAUUUAUAUGAAAGCAUCAAGAACUUGGCCAUGUUCUCUGCUCCAUCAGCAAGUUGGCAGAACAUGACCCUUUAAGGACUUCAGUUUCAGACUCCAUGAACAAUUGGCUGACUGUCCAUAGAGAUCCUGCUGCCACACCCUGUCCUGGGCACAAGCAGUGACUGAUAAGUCCUCUACCUCUUGCUAAGACAAUGGUGGACCCUGAGAGGAGAUGAACUUGGAGAAGCAAAAGCCAGAGAAGGGUGAGACUUCCCAUUAUCACAGUCUAAGCAGCAUUUGAUGAACAAGCAUAUUUUUUCUCUUUAAAUAUUUAUUUGAAUUUUAUGUACAUUGGUGUUCUGCCAUUUGUGCAGUAUGUCUAUGUGUAUGAGGGUGUCAGAGAUCCUGGAAUAGCAAUUAUGGACAACUGUGAGCUGCCGUGUGGGUGCUGAGACUUGAAACUAAGUCCUCUGGAAGAGCAGCUAGCACUCCCAACCACUGAACAAUCUCUCUAGCCCCAGCAAGCAUGUUCCGUGUAUUGUUGUAUCUAUACUUAUAAAUGACUACCGUUAUAUGAAUGUAUAUUUAAAGACCAUUUACAUAUUAAAACAAGUAUAUGUAAGAAACUUCAAAUUCAAUUUUAAAUGGACUGUGUGCAUUUUUCAGUGAAGAUUUCUUACCAUAUUAUUUUUAAAGCCACAUUCUUCAAUGAAUAUGAAAGUGGAGAUUGCAUCUCUCAUAGUGUGCUAAUAUUAAAAGCAAAUAUAAAAUGGUUCUUAAAAUACUUUAUUCAUUAACAUUCUUAAUAAUGUGUUUGCUUAUUUGCAUCUGACUCUCAUUGGUUUUCGUUUCUUUGCUUUGCACAUUGAUUCACUAUUUUUGCUACUAGCAAAAACUAUCCUGCAAAAUCAAGAACUUUUUGACAGAGGACAGUAGUUUUCAUCAGGAAAGACCAUGACCAUGAACUGCAGUAGCUCUAGUCUGACUUGUGAUGGCUCUAACCACAGGUGCGAAUUCUUGCUUUUUUAAUUUGCUUAUUAUAGGUAGAUUAUAACUCUUAGAUCUAUUGGCCCAGGGAAUAUUCUCAGGCCGCUAGGCCUUUGCACACAUCAGUAAGCUGCCACUAAGCCCAGAGCAUUGCUGGUUGCCUAAAAGACACCCAUGAACAUCACCAUAUGGAUUAACAACUACACUGGAGAAUCAGACUUCACCCUGGUGGGAUUCUUCAGUCAAUCCAAAUACCCAACUAUACUUGCUGUGGUCAUAUUUGUGGUUUUCCUGAUGGCGCUGUCUGGCAAUGCCCUCCUGAUCCUUCUGAUACACUCUGACACCCGGCUCCACACACCCAUGUACUUUUUCAUCAGCCAGUUGUCCCUCAUGGACAUGAUGUACAUUUCUGUCACUGUGCCCAAGAUGCUCAUGGACCAAGUCCUGGGGAGCCACAAGAUCUCAACUGCUGCCUGUGGGAUGCAGAUGUUCCUAUAUCUGACACUAGUAGGUUCAGAAUUUUUCCUUCUGGCUGCCAUGUCUUAUGACCGCUAUGUGGCCAUCUGCCAUCCACUCCAUUAUCCUGUCCUCAUGAACCGCAGGGUGUGUCUCCUCCUGAUGUCUGUCUGUUGGUUCCUGGGAUCCUUGGAUGGCUUCAUGCUCACCCCUGUCACCAUGACCUUUCCAUUCUGUGGAUCACGGGAAAUCCAUCACUUCUUCUGUGAGGUCCCAGCUGUGACAAAGCUCUCCUGCGCAGACACCUGGCUCUAUGAGACCCUCAUGUACCUGUGCUGUGUGCUCAUGCUCCUCAUCCCUGUGACAGUCAUCUCAAGCUCCUACUCCUUCAUCCUCCUCACAGUUCUCAGGAUGAACUCGGCAGAGGGCAGGAAGAAGGCCCUCGCCACCUGCUCCUCACACAUGACCGUGGUCAUCCUCUUCUAUGGUGCUGCCGUCUACACCUACAUGCUCCCUGCCUCCUUCCACACCCCUGAGAAGGACAUGGUGGUGUCUGUGUUUUACACGAUACUCACCCCUCUCUUGAACCCACUGAUCUACAGUCUGAGGAAUAAGAAUGUCACAGAGGCUCUGAAGAAGUUGUUGGGUGUCAAACCCUCUUUCAAGAAACAGUAAAGUAAUUGGACUCAAUGGUUUCUUUCCUUUGCCUCCAUGUAUCUGUUGUUCCAGGUCUCAUGCUGAUGUUGUUCCUCAAGCAUCAUUGCAUGGUCAUCCCUUUGGGAGAAUUGCUUCUCUAUUUGAAAAUAUCCUCACUGAUGUCCUUCUUGCACAUUCAAACUCUUUACUUGUAUUUUUUGAUAUUACAUUUUAUGAAAUUGAUAGUGGUUGUUUAAUUUUGUUGGACAAUAGGAUUUUUUUCAGUGUCUUGAAUUUUAUUUUGGGGAGUAUUGAAAUAUUUUUAAAUGAGUCAUGUAUAUGUUUAUCAUUUUAUAUAUACGGUAAAAUUGAUUUUGGGCAUCACCAAAUCACCCACAAUUAUGCUUUCCAACAACAAAUAUUUCAUGAUGCAUGCUAAGUUCAUCAGUAAUUUUUCUUCACUUAUUUUGAUAGCUAAAGAAUAUAAACUUAUAUACCAUAAAUAUCUUUUAUUAGUAGUUAGUGUUAAAAUACUUCAUCAAGAGACCUGAGAAGCUACAUGGGACUGUGUCUUCAUUCAUACACAUAUCAGUAGCAACUUCUAGAAUGAAAGUCAAAUGCAUUCCAGAAGAGCAAUAGAGGGUUUCAGAAGAAUUUUAUAUUAAAUUUACAAGUACACAAGAAAAGAUGGGUCCUGAAAAAGAUAGUUUAAAUCUACUGAAAUCUAUUGAAAUCAUUUGAGAUUUAAAAAUUACAAUAGUCUUAAUAAAAAUUAUGCCAUAUUGGGAACAAAAUGGUCAUGAGGUAUUCAACUGUUAAGAGAUUGACUGAGUUAGAAAAAAAUGGUGGCUAACAAACUCAACAAGACAUGAAUGGAGAUAAAUGGCAUAUUGAA